AGCUUCGCCGCGGGCAGCUCUCAAGCGCUCAGCCUGCAGAAAGCCGCGGCGAAGAACGCCCGGCAUGCAUGUGGCGCGUGGAUGAGCUGGACUCGCGGGAGGCUUCGGCACUGGAUGGUGCCAAGCAGUUAGCCUAUGAUUGCUCGAAGAGCGUGGCACAGUCUAAGCACCCCCUGAAGGGGCCGGAGCUUGUGCUGAGGAUUUGGGAGGCCACCGCCUGCAGCAUUGCCAAGGAGUUGGAGUCUGGGAAAAGCAUUUUCCUCCAUGGCCUGGGAACCUUCGGCUACAAGGACAAGGUUGUGGUCUUUGCACCUUGGGAAGAGUUCUUCCAGGCGCACAACCUGGACGUCUCCUCUUUCACCGCCCACCUGCCCUUCCCGCCCUCCCCGCGAAAGGGGGAGCUGGGAACCGUGGCGGGCCAGCUGGACCUGCUGCCCCGGGUGAAGCACUCGGUGGCGCCAGUGGCGAGGUUGAUGGAAGUGACCAGCGACGUGGUGCAGACGGCCCUCUACGCUAUGUAUAGCCGCAUGGGGCAGGAGAUGGGCAGUACCAACUCGGCCAUCAGCUUCGCUCCCUUGGGCACCUUUCUGUGCCAAAACCGGCGUCUUGGCUUCGUUUCCUGCCAAAAGGAGAGCGUGGCCAUUUCGGGCCUCGGCUUCGGCGCCACGGUGCCCUUGCGGAAGCUGCUGUCCAGCCUGGAGAAGCGCAAGAAGCCUCGGCGCUCCCCCACUGGCUUGGGCGGGGCGUGCCCGGCCUCGCCGGCGGAGCGGCGGCCCUCCAAGGGCCGGCGCCCGCGGAUGCACAAGGCGCUGCCCACGGAGGAGGAGAGCUUCCCGGAGCUGCUGAACACGUUUAGCCGCACCCAGCUGGCGCCCUACGUGGGCACGGAGGACCCGGGAUCCCCAUCUUCACGCAUCGCCAGCAGCUUCACCAGCUCGGCGAGGCUCACCUGGAAGCCUUGCCAGAAGCCCUCCCGCUCCUUGUGCUGGCAGCCAGACGCGGACCUCUCGUACCCGCUGGAAGCACGAGGAGGCUUGGACUACUCCCAGCACUUCGAUUCGGUGGAAGCGGAGAGCCCGCUGGACAUGGAGAUCCAGGAGGCCGAGAUCUCGCGACAAGAGUUCUUCGAAGUGCUCUACCGGUACAACUACUACUUCGACACCAUUCCCACCGUCUACUUGGCCCCCUUCAGUCGCAGGUGGACCAUGAACAUCGGUCAGAAGGUGCAGCGAGACUGGGAACAUCUCGGCGAGAGCUCUGAGCUGAUGGCUCAGAUCUGGGCGGAGGUCUUGCUGGACUACCGGCAGGCUCUGCGGAAGGUGAUCCUGGAGCAUGUGCUCAACGAGGAGAGGGCCAGGCGGCGGACGGGUGUCUUCUUCGUGCCCAGCCCCACGCCUUUCUGGGGCUCCCGGCCCUACCUGGGUAUCGAGGGGACUGCUGGCGGUUUGCCUCCGGGCUGGGAGAGCAUCGCGGACAGGCAGCAGCAGAUGGCGCAUUCCGUGCCUUGCAGCACUGCAUCCUUGAUGCUGCUGGACCUUUGGCACCGGAAGUACGACAGCCUGCUGCUGGUGCAGCUGCCAGCGCCUGGGGAGCCUUUGGUGGACCUGCAGUCCUUCUGCCAGGCGCAGCGGGCGCAGAUGAAAGCGGUUCGCCAACGUCUGGAGGGCUGGUUGCUGGAGGCUGCGGAGAUCUUGCAGAGCGGGCCUACGUUGCUCAGCACGCAGGUGCGGGGCAUCGUGGAUCGCAGCAUAGCCGCCUUUGUGCAGUUCUUCGCACGCUUUCGGCCGGAGGAGGCCGAGGCCUUCCUGAGCGUGGGCUUACAGGCGAAGGGUCCGGAGAUCAUCCUCACCACCUCAGUGGAGGAGAUCGAGGUUUGCUUGCUGGAAGUCUUUGAGAGCUUCGUGGUUUGUCUCAACGGCCUCAGCCUGGACCGCCCCGCCUCUCCGGCGGCCUCUGCCGCCGCGUCUGAGAGCCUUUGGAAGGUCAGCCUGGAGGAGGGAUACAUCCAGGAGGCCCGGGCCUGCCUGGCGGGGCAUCUGCGGCGGAACUUGGAGCGGCUCGUGGAGGCUUUGCAGCCCUUCGACCGCUUCAAGCACCUGCUGCUGGAGGAUGUGCGCAUCAAAGAGCUGUCGGAGGACAAGAUGCCGCAGGAGGAGGUGAUGCAGGAGCUGAAGUCCCUGCGGGCCAAGCAGGACUCCGUGCGGGCACACUGCGCGGAAGAGAUCCGCCUGCCCAUGGUGGCGAUAUACUGCUCCACCAUCAACGAGACGCUGCGCUCCAAGGCGGAGGAGGCCAUCCACAUCUUGCUGGAGGCCAUCCUGCGGCACCUGCUGCUCCGCAACGAGCAGCUCUGCAAAAGCUUCGAGAUGGUGGUGAACCAAGUGGUCAAGAAGCCGACGAGCGAGAUGGAGUUGGUGGACCUGGAGCUGUACCUGGAAGAGUUUCGGUCCAGCGGGCUCAACCGACUGCUCAAGGAGUUCGAAUCCAUCCGGGGCUGGCUCUCCUUUCUGUUCCACUGUGAGGACGAGCUCAUGUUGGAACUCCUCGAGGAGCGGCAUUUUCAGGCCAUCUACGACUCGGCGAUUUGGGUGGACUCCAUUCAGGACCGUGUCUUCGACGGCAACCUGAAGCGCGAGCGCGAGGCCCUCGAGAGCAAGUUCAAAGAGCAGAGGAAUAAGUUCUUGGAGGACCUGGAAGGCUACAACGAGCAGGUGGACUUGCUCCGGGAGUGCGGGAACCUGCGGCAAACCGAUGAGUGCCUGGAGCGCAUCCAGUCCCUGAAGAGUAGCUUCGCGCGGGCCCACGUGGAGGCUGAGAAGCUGAAUGCCAAGGAGAAGCGCUUCGGCUGGGAGGUACGGAGCCCCUUCGAGCAGCUGAAGCGCGGCGAGACGGCGCUGGAGCCUUACUUCCUCCUUUGGACGUUGGCCUACAACAUGGACCGGGGCAUGCGGACCUGGCUGAAAGGGCCUCUCUUCCAACUCGAGCCCGCGAAGGUGGAGCUGGAGGUGUGCAGCAUGCGGGAGGAGGCGGCGAGGCUCAAGCAGGUGUUCCUCGCCGGUGGAGGCCAAGUCUACCCGGACGAGCGAAACCGCGCUCGGACGGCGUCUCAAGACUCGGAAGAGGAAGCAGAAGUCCUGGCGCCGGUGACAGUGGCAGAGGAGCUGGGAGAACAAGCGGCGGUGAUGCAGGACACGCACCUGAAGCUGCUGCAUGCCCUUUGCAAUAGCUGUUUGCAGCGGCGGCACUGGGAGCAGAUCUCCGCGAUCAUCGGCUUCCCCCUGGAGCCCGACACCAGCUUCACGCUGUCCAAGGCCAUCGAGAUGGAGGUGGGGCAGUUCACCGAGGAGUUGGGAGAGGUGAGCGAGGCCGCCAGCAAGGAGUAUGCCAUCGAGAUGAGCAUCGAGGCUAUGGAGGAAGAGUGGACCAUCGCACGGUUCUACUUGCAGUCCUGGAAGCAGAGCGGCAGCUUCGUCUUCACCAAAGACAGCUUGAUGCAGCUUCAGCAGCUACUGGAGGUACAGCUGAAGCGCUGCACGGAGCUGCAGGACUAUGAGCACUUGGAGCCUUGGAAGGAGCGCCUGGACCGGUGGCAGCACUGGCUCCAGGGCUUCGCCGAGACUUUGCAGUCCUUGUCCCAGCUGCAGGACUUGUGGGUGCAGCUGGAGCCCAUCUUCAGCGGCCGAGAUCUCUACAAACAGCUGCCGGCGGAGAUCCAAAGCUUCCGAAAGGCGGACAAGUUCUGGCGGCAGCUGCUGGGGGCGGUGCAGCAGCAGCCCUUGGCCAAAGAGUUGCCGAUGCAGCUGGAGCAGCUGAACGAGAGCCGGGCCAAGUUGCAGCAGAUCACCCAGAGCUUGGAGCAAGACGAGAAGAAUUGAUGCCACGGCGACCCACCA